CAGGAUGCCAGCUGAGAGGAGCUAAGAGAAAGUAAAGUACUUAUUUCAGUCCACUUCUGACAGACCUUUCCACUGUACCUGCAGCCAGGUCUGAGAGGAAGUAAGGACUGGUGUGAGGAGGGAGCUGCUAGGUGACAAAGGGAAGAACCCUCAGGAUAGGGCUGUGGUGGGAGUGAGAUUAGGAAGGAAGAGCUGGGUGGGUGGUGGAUGAGAGAAGUAGGCAGACAUGUAUUCCUCAGGGAAAGCUGUGUAGAGGGUUGGAGGGAGGGAAUAUUGGAUGGCUGAGCCGUGUGAGAGCCCAGGGGUGUGAUCAGGGGUCUAUUAACUGGCUCCAACUUCCAAGGUUUUAUCUGUGCAGCCCUUCUCCAAGGAUGGACACUUCUCACGCGAUAAAGUCCUGUGUGCUGAUCCUUCUUGUGACCCUACUGUGUGCAGAAAGAGCUCAGGGACUGGAGUGUUACCAGUGCUAUGGAGUCCCAUUUGAGACUUCUUGCCCAUCAUUUACCUGCCCCUACCCUGAUGGAUUCUGUGUUGCUCAGGAGGAAGAAUUUAUUGCAAACUCUCAAAGAAAGAAAGUAAAGAGCCGUUCUUGCCAUCCUUUCUGCCCUGAUGAAAUUGAAAAGAAGUUUAUCCUGGAUCCUAACACCAAGAUGAAUAUUUCCUGUUGCCAGGAAGACCUCUGCAAUGCAGCAGUUCCCACUGGAGGCAGCUCCUGGACCACGGCAGGGGUGCUUCUGUUCAGCCUGGGCUCAGUCCUCCUGCAGACCCUGAUGUGAUGGUCCCCACCCUUGUCCUUUCAUCCUAAUGUGCAACCACUCUUUCCUGGAGUCCUCUAGUGAUGAAUUAUGAGUUAUAGAAGCUCCAAGGUGGGGGUAGUGUGUGGAACACCCUUUUUUACCUUUGUAGCCCCUGCUGGGUAGGUAGGUGCCCUAUUCCUCUCUAGCGUUUUCAGAUCUGUACUUCCUGGAAUGCCAUUUUGUUGUGGCUUGCUAAUCUUGGUCCUGGAGUCAUGUGGCCAGCACAGGGAAGAGGCAGCAUUCCAAGGUGUUAUGCCAUCACCAUCCACACAUAAGUAUCUGGGGUCCUGCAGGGUUCCCAUGUGUUCCUCUCGAUGUCCCUCUGCUGAGUCCAAUAAACCCUUUGUUCUCCCGGCCAA